UUGGUUCGGCUCCUACAUCCGCAUCUACAAUCGGCCCUGCUAAUACAUUCACAUCUUCAACUGGUCCUUCAACUGGUCCUACUACUACAUUCGAAUCUACAAUCAGUCCUACUACUACAUUCGCAUCUUUAAUUGGUUCCACUACUACAUUCACAUCUUCAAUCGGUCCUGAAAAUACAAUUGCUCCUACUACAUCUUCAAUCGGUCCUGAAAAUACAAUUGCUCCUACUACAUCGUUAAUCAGUCCUGUUACUCCAACCUUUAUUCUGUCUGCUACCCAAACUUCAACGGAAGAAGCCCCAACUCCUACAGGAGUAUGUGCCUGUUUAGGAGAAUUCUGUGACUGUUAG